AUGGCCCCGCCGGUCUCCGGAAUCAAGCUCAACGCCAACGGCGUCCCCGACUUCGACACCCUGCCGCUCCGGAACUCCGACCCGCACCACUCGGCCUGGGGUCUGUACGGCGACGACGACCAGCUCGGCACGCUGAACCGCCUCACCGACGAGCGCGUGGCUGCCGCGGCUCGGGACGAGAUUCAGACGGGUCGGCGCAUCUCCCUCAACUGGCCCCUCAACGCGCAGCCGCGGCGCUCCUUCUUCCAACGCGCGCUCUUCCACCAGGAGCUGAUCGCCAAGGCGCCUCGAACCGUCAACGACGACGUGUGGACGUUCAACUCGCAGGUCUCGUCGCAGUGGGACGGGCUGCGGCAUUUUGCUUACCAGGACGAAUGCCUCUUCUACGGCGGCGUCACGCAGAGGGAGAUCCACGCCGUGGACGAGCGGGGGAAGCCAAGUGAGGUUUUGGGAAUACAUGCAUGGGCAGACCAAGGCAUCGUAGGCCGCGGCAUCCUGGUUGACUACCACAGCUGGCGGCCGUCACAGAAGAACGUCAAGCCCUACGACUCGUUCGACUCCGUGUCCAUCCCGCUGGAAGACCUCCAAGCAUGCCUCGCGGCGCAGGGAACAGAGGUGAAAUUCGGCGACAUCCUCAUCAUCCGCUCCGGCUUCAUGGCCACCCUCGCAACCAAAACCGACGACGAGCUCUGGGCACACCAAGACAAAGUCCCGCACCCCUUUGGCGGCGUACAGCAGUCCGAGGCCAUGCUGCGCUGGAUCUGGGACAACUUCGCCGCCGUGGCGGGCGACCAGCCGUCGUUCGAGACGUGGCCCAAGCAGCAGGACUGGGCGCUGCACGAGGUGCUGCUUGCGGGCUGGGGGUGCCCCAUCGGGGAGCUGUUCGACUUAGAGAAGUUGGCGGAGCACUGUAAGAGGGAGGGCCGCUGGAGCUUCUUUCUGGCGAGUGAGCCGUGUAAUGUGCCGGGGGGUGUGGCGAGCCCGCCGAAUGUGUUGGCGAUUUUUUAG